AUGACCGGUUUUCUGCUCAUGGGGUUCUCUGACAUCUGGGAGCUGCAGCUGGUCCAUGCCACACUGUUUCUCCUGGUCUACCUGGUGGCCCUGACAGGGAAUCUCCUCAUCAUUGCCAUCACCACCUUUGACCGGCGUCUCCACACUCCCAUGUACUUCUUCCUCAAGAACCUGUCCUUCAUAGACCUGUGCCUCAUCUCCACCACCAUCCCCAAAUCCAUCGGCAACUCCCUGACCAACCACAGAUCCAUCUCUUUCCCGGGUUGUGUCAUCCAGCUCUUCUCCGUGGUUCUGUUUGCUGGUUCAGAGCUCUUUGUCCUCACGGCGAUGUCCUAUGACCGCUAUGUUGCCAUCUGCCGCCCUCUGCAUUAUGAGGCCGUCAUGAGCCGAAGGACCUGUGUACAGUUGGUGGCUGCUUCCUGGAUCAGUGCAGGACUGGUAGGAGUCAUGUCUGCAGCAGAGAUAUUCUCACUGCCCUUUUGUGGGUCCUACGAGAUCCCCCAAUUCUUCUGUGACAUCACCUCCGUAGUCAAGGGCUCCUGUUCUAAAAGUCACAUUGGCCUCGACGUGAUCAUAAUCACCAGUGCCUGUUUUGCUGUCUUCUGCCUGAUUUGCAUUCUCGUCUCCUAUGUCUGUAUCUUCUCUGCUGUGCUGAGGAUGCUGUCAGCAGCGGGGCGGUUCAAAACCUUCUCUACCUGCCUGCCCCACCUCGCUGUUACGACUGUAUUUUUCACCACAGCUGCUUUCGCUAACUUAAAUUUCUCUUCAGACUCCUCAUCAAUCCUUGACUUGCUGGUGUCUGUGUUUUACAUAGCAGUCCCCCCUGCCCUAAACCCCCUCAUCUACAGCCUGAGAAAUAAGGACAUGAGGAUGGUAGCAGAACUCUGUGACAGCACCGACUUCUACGUGGCCCAGUCAACUUUUUCGCCUACAAGGCACCCCUGCCACUGGACCCUUGCUUCACAGGGGAGCAAGCCGGAUGCUGGGAUGCAGAUGCUGUUGUUUCCAUGGGAACCUCUCAGGCCAGCUCCAUUGCUGAAGGUACAGGACUUUGUCUCUGUGGGUCUACAGGACCAGAAGGUUCUCACGUCACCCAAGCCAUUAGAUCCCUUAACAGGCUCCAAGUUGGGCCUCCAGGGAUCCCCUGUGGUGCAGCGGCUGCUUUAUCUACAGGGACAGGGGACUUUCUGGAGAGCAACUCAACAUCUGCAGCAGAUCUUAGAGAGACUGAGGACACCACACCAUUCCUUCGUGGCCAUCUGCACCCAGGAGUCCUAG